GGUUCCGCGAAACACAGUUUGGAAAACUGUUUUAAAGUAAAGUGAUCGAAUUCAGCCAGGACGAAUUACUACUUAGUUGGCAUAGCUCAGCAUACCACGGCUGCUUUGACUUGUAAAAGUGUUGUAAUCAUGUUGUUUUUUUUCUCUCUAUUGAUGGCAGUGUCAAUGUGAUUAAAAAAAACGCUUUUCUUUCCCUAGGUUGCUGACCCUUGCGGCGGGAGUAGCAAUAGGGGGCUUCCUCUGAGUUUGCUGUCAAUGUGAUAGAAAAACGAACAACACUCUGCACUAUGUCAAGCUUCAAAUGGCUGAAUAUUCUCAUUGUGUUUUUCUUUCGCAUUCUUGAUAGCAACUUGGCUACUACGAUGACGUCAGUACAUAUUCAGAAAUCGGAGCGAAAUGACUUGGUGAUACUGAAUUCAACACUGAUCUAUGCCUCUAGUAAUUUGGACUGCUCCAGGAAGUGUCUGCUGUCUUCAUCAUGUUAUUGUUAUUAUUUUAACAUUCAGGAAAAAACAUGUGACAUUGGCAAGUGUAGCAUUGACCAUGUGAAUGUAGUCCCAAAGAAAGAUAUUUACAUUCCUUGUGAGUUCAACAAAGGUUUUCAAUUCGUCACAAUUGGAGGUUCAAGAGAAUGUCUUUCAGUGUCCACAAAGAAAUAUGAUUACAUCAGGGCCAGGGAUGACUGUAGAAGUAAAUCAUCCCAUCUUUACACUAUACAUAACAUAACCAAACUCACCUGGUUGCAACGUACAUUUGGUAACACCUACGUCUGGGUGGGACUCAAUGAUAUCGAUGUGGAGAACACUUUUAGAUGGGAAGACGACAACUCUGUGAUUAGUGGUUCCCUCAAGGGUUCAACAUUCGCUCCAGGCAAGUUGACUUGUUACAAAACUUAUAGCAAUUAACUCUUGUCUGUCUGCUGACUUGUUACAAAACUUAUAGCAAUUAACUCUUGUCUGUCUGCUGACUUGUUACAAAACUUAUAGCAACUAA